UAUGUACAUGAGCAUCAUCCCAAUGUUCGCGCUUCUCAAGUUCUUCCCACGCAUUCGCAUUUGGGCCACCCCUGUUGGUCUCGUCAUUGCCGCCAUGGCGUUGGGGCUCGCAUCUCUGUCGACGAAUGUAGUCCACCUCAUUUUGACCCAGGGUAUCAUGUACUCGAUUGGUGGUGGACUCGCCUGGACGCCUAUUCUCUUCUAUAUCGAGGAGUGGUGGGUCCGUAGACGAGGAUUCGCUUUUGGUGUGACCAUGGCUGGCCUUGGAUUGUCGGGAGCAAUUCUGCCCAUCGCCAUACAGUGGAUGCUGGAGAAGUAUGGCUUUCGCACGACUUUGAGAGUCUGCGCACUUUCGUUUGUAGUUCUCAACUUCCCGGUGUUAUUCUUCUUCAAGCCGCGGCUGCCACUGUCGCAGACGUCUCAGUCUCGCAGCUUCGACAUGUCUUUCUGGACUUGCCGAAAGUUCCUCAUACACGAGUCCACUAUCAUCAUCCAAGGCUUGGGCUACUUCCUUCCAGCAAUUUACAUGCCGUUGUAUGCGCGCUCGAUAGGGGCAUCGGGGCUAGAGAGCACUGCGACGAUCAUUCUAUUGAACUUCGCUGCUUUUAUUGGUUGCGUAUGUAUGGGGUCUGCUGUAGACCGAUUUGACGUAGUUGACUGUCUAUGCAUCACCGCUGUUAUAUCGACGUCAUCGGUAUUUCUGCUAUGGGGCUUUGCAACCUCACUUCCUGUGCUAUACGUCUUCUGUAUAGUCUAUGGGAUUUUUGCUGGCUGCAACUCGAGCGCCUGGAGUGCGAUUAUGCGGGAUACGAAGGAGAAGAGAGAAGGUGCAGAUCUGGGCAUGGUCUUCGCAUGCCUGUCGGCUGGAAAAGGGGUUGCGAAUCUUUGCAGUGGCCCUCUGUCCGAAGCUUUGUUACGCGCAGGCUCGUGGAAAGCCGGAAUGGCAUAUGGCAGUGGUUACGGUACGCUAAUUGUAUUUACUGGGACCAGUGCGUUUCUCUCCGGCUGGAGUUACGCAGCGAAGCGACUGGGUUGGCUCUGA